GUAGGCAACAUAUUGCACACAUUUCUUCAAAUGAGUUUAAAAAAGUAUCAACUACUUAUUGACAAUUUUGAAACUUAAAGAAUAUUAAAAAAUAUCGUGGCCUCGUCGUGUGAUAAGUACUUAUCCCGAAAGCGUCACUAUCGAAGGAGAUAUUUACUAUCUCAUAGAAUUAAAUUCUUAAUUUAGCGAUACGUGUCAUUUAAAGGAAAAUCGCGUAGUGAAAUCAAUACGCGCUUGAAGGCUAUAUACAGUGACUCUGCUCCUUCGAUUAUGGCCAUGAAAAAUUGUUUUAACGAGUUUCAACGUGACCGCACAUCGAUUAUGGCAGCAGUCGACGCGAUGUGUACCACGACUGCUCACUCCAGGCAACAAGCAUAAUCGUGUGACCACUUUACAGCUGUGUUCGACAAUAUUAGGCGCAAUUCAAAAAAUACGAUGCAGCGUUUCCCGUUCGCGGUACUCACCAGAGACCAACGGACAGUCGAAAACGAACCUGCAACAAAGAAAGCAAACACUUUCCUAUCAGUCGAUAUUAUGAUGACCACCGUAAAAUGUGAUCUACAUGAACUAUCUGAGCAAAGUAAAACGAUGAUGAUUAUAGGGCUGAUUUGACGCUCAAUUAAAAAAAACGUUAUCUUUGACGAAUAAAUAAGCUCUCUUUCACUAUGACAGUCACCAGCUCACACCUCGGCCAUCUGCACAACCAAUUUGAUCAAAAUAAGCUACGGACUGCUAUCCAAGUUUAUGAUGAAAACAUAGAUGGAUUUAACAACAACUUUUAGCAUACAAAAUGCGUCGAUGAAAAACUCUCCACUUUGGAUGCAUCUGAUUGCUGGCGGAAUCGCGGGAGCUAUAUCGCGUACGUGCACGGCACCAGCCGAUCGAAUAAAGGUGUACUUACAGGUUCAAACGCAUAAGACAAGCUUCAUGGAAUCCGUUCGGUAUUUAAUUGGCGACGGUGGUGUGCUCAGUAUGUGGCGUGGCAAUGGCAUAAAUGUUUUGAAAAUUACUCCCGAAUCUGCUAUCAAAUUUGCAGUAUACGACGAAAGUAAGCGAUUUCUGCGCGGCGUGGACGAGCGCCGUGCUCUAACAAUAGGUGAACGUUUUGCUUGCGGCGCUGUGGCGGGUAAUGCUUCGCAAACAUUCCUUUAUCCCAUGGAUGUAUUGAAAACACGAUUGGCCUUAGUUAAAACUGGAAAAUAUUCCGGUGUCAUUCCAAUGAUCAAGAGCAUGCUUGAACAAGAGGGUUUACGAUCCUUCUACCGUGGUUACAACGCCUUUGCUGUCGGUAUUAUGCUUUAUUGCGGCAUUGAUUUGGCCGUUUAUGAAACAGUUAAGCAAGCAUAUUUGGAUUACAAAGAAACUGAACAUACGCUAAACCCUCUGGUGAUAUUAAGCUGUUGCACAUUCUCAAGUACCAUUGGACAAUUAACAACAUAUCCACUAGCGCUACUGAGUUCACGACUUCAAGCUAAAACUGUCUUGAAAAAGCAAGCUUUAAGCGAAAAAUGUCUGGAUAACAACAUAAUAAUGUCUUUGUGGCAAAUUCAUCAAAAAGAAGGUAUACAUGGAUUAUACCGUGGUAUACUUCCUAACUUUAUGAAAUCUAUUCCUUCUGUUUGUAUUACUUAUAUAGUCUAUGAGUAUAUCUUAUCUCUUCUAGGUUACAGUAUGAUAUAAAGUUACGAAUAAUAAGCAAUAAACAGAAUUACGUACUACA